AUGCAGAACCUUAACACUCGCUUGGCUGCCUAUCUGGAAAAGGUGCGUCAAUUAGAAGAUUCAAAUUCAGAACUUGAAGGGAAAAUCAGACAUUGGUAUGAAACUCAAAAACCCCAAAAAAUUGACAACAGCAACUAUUAUAAGACCAUUCAAGAUCUAAAAGAUAAGAUCAAUAAAGUCACUUUGGAUAAUAAUCAUAUCAAAUUAGGAGUUGAGAAUGCCAGACUGGCUGCGGACGAUUUCAGAGUAAAGUACGAGACUGAGCUUAGCAUGUGUCAAAGUGUGGAAUCGGACAUCAACGAAUUACGAAAAGUUCUGGAUGAUCUGACUCUGGAUAAAGCAAGUCUUGAAAGUCAGCUUGAGAGUCUGACAGAAGAACUUGCUUAUCUCAAGAAAAACCAUGAGGAGGAGAUGAAGUGCAUGCAAGGAGUUACUUCUGAUGUCAAUGUGCAGCUGGAUGCUGCUCCAGGAGGCAACAUCCUUAAAAUCCUGAACGACAUGAGAACUGAGUAUGAAGAAUUGGCAGAAAAGAAUCGUAAGAAAGCAGAAGACGAAUACAACCAAAAGAUCAGCGAUCUGCACAAUGAGAUAUCCAGUAGCAGCAAGCAGCUUCAAUCGGGUAAUUCUGAAGUCACCGAACUGAGACGUACUAUGCAAACCAUGGAGAUAGACUUGCAAACACAACUUUCCACGAUAAAUUCCCUGGAAAACACAUUGGCUGAAACAGAAGGACGCUAUUGCUCCCAGCUGGCUCAAAUUCAGGGUUUGGUGAGCAAUCUGGAGGAGCAGCUGUCUCAACUGCGGUUUGAUAUGGAGACUCAGUCUCGGGAGUACAAGCUGCUUCUGGACAUUAAGACCAGGCUGGAAAAUGAAAUAGAGAUGUACCGUCGCUUACUAGAUGGAGAAGGUGGUUCAAACUCUAGUGAGUGGUCUUCUAGAAGGUCAACUUCAGCAGCAACAGUAGAAGAUCCAAAAAAAAGUCGGCUUGUGACCACAAUCAUAGAGGAGAGAGUGGAUGGAAGAUUGGUCUCGACCAAAGUGGACAAGAUCGAACAAAAACUAUGAGCGAGAGAGAGACACUUGCUAUCUUCAUUUUGGAAUAUAAUAGUUUCAAACAUCUCCAACCUUUAUCAUUUAUCAGCAUUUAGAAAAUGUGGCAGCACCAGUAAAAGCUGUGGUGGGAAUAACGUGCUCAGACAGAUAUCUUUAUAAUAUGGUCUGUAGUGAUGGCUUGGCUGGACUUGGAAUGGCAUUGAGAGCUUUAUUUUGCACAUAUAAUGACUGGUUCAGCACUAGUAAAAAUGCUGUGUCAAAGCUUUUACUUGUAGUGCAAUUUUACAGCAGUAUCCUUAUCUUUCAGUACUACGUACUUGGCUGCACAAUACGCAAAACUUCUCAUUUCUCUUCCAAUCACAUUGGUGGUGGGGUUUAUUCUGCUUGUCUUUUUUCUGUCACCAAACAUGUCCCCAAAAGCUGACUGCCCAAUAAUAAUUACAUGGAGAUACAGUAUUUAUGAAAAAUGUCAACAAUUGAACAUCUGUGUUGACCAUAACAACCAAUCAGAUUCUAGCUGUAAUUUUUCAGUUUAUAAAAUGUAAAUCUAUCUUCUGAGUGAUUGCUAUGGGCAACAUUACAGUUUUCUGGGCACUAGUUUUACAGAAAUCUGGCUAUUGUAUUUGUGGUUUUUCCUCUUCUUGUUCAAUAAACACUGUUUUGUGCAAUUACAA